UUCUCACCAAAAUCACUUUUCUACAAUGGAUUCUUUAGGAAGUAAAUCUUCAAUUCCUCGAGAAAUAAUCUUUGAAAUAUUCUCAUGGCUUCCUACUAAGUCCUUAAUGCGUUUCAAGUGCGUGACCAAAUUCUGCAAUUCUCUUGUAUCUGAGUCAGAUUUUGUGGAUAUCCAUGGAUAUCGCUCUAUAACUCGUCCAGAUGGAACAAAAUUCUUUCUCCAUGAAAAGAGAGCUUUUUACACAGCUGAGCAAAAGGAAGAUGGAAAAAUAGGUGCCUCCCUUUUUCAAACUGCGAGAUUUGAUGGACUCUACGGCUCUUCAGAUUCUUCUUGGUUGGAUUGCGUUAAUGGUUUAUUUUGCGUUUGUGAACCAUUAUCUCUGGGACGUGCAGCAGUUUUCAAUCCUAGUACAAGAGAAGUAAGAUUUCUUCCAAAUCUAAAUGAAGAAUUUUCUCUGUGUAACUAUGCAUUAGGUUUUGAAUCAAAAGAAAAUAAGUACAAAGUUCUUUUGUCAACAUAUCAUGUUCGAGAAGGGGGCAGAAAAAACUGGGUUUUGACUUUAGGCAUAGACGAAGAAUGGAGAGAGACUCAAAGCAUUUACCCAGGCAUUUUCUAUUCCAUGCCAGGUGUUUGCAUUAGUGGAGUUAUCUAUCGGUUUAUAUAUCAGUCUGCCAUGUCUAAUAGACGUGAUAUAGCUGCAUUUGAUAUCAAAUCUGAAAAAUUCAAUAUUAUUGAAUUAUGGAAUUCAUCUCAUCACAAGGCAGGUGAUUACAAGCUGAUAGAGGUGAAGGGUAAAUUAGCAGUCACAGAUUGUGAAAAUUGGUUAACUGGAUACAUCCGCUUGUGGAUUUUAGAAAAUAUUAAGAAAGAAGAUCGAUGGAAGAGUCAUAUCAUUAGCUUUUCUUCAAUAUGGAACGUCAUAAGCCCUAAAAUAGAAUCAUCUCUUCGAAUCAUAUGCUUCUGCAAAUCCAGAGAUGGGGAGAUUAUAUUCAUUGUGAAUUUAAAACCAGGCUUUUUAUGUUUAUGUUAUGAUGUCACGACAAAGAGUUGGAGAAAAGUAAAAAUCAAGGGGCUUCCUUCGGAGAGCUACAUUGUAGGAGGUUAUAGUUAUGUAGAAAGUCUAGUUCCCUGUGGAUAAUUUUGUUCAAACUCGAAGACAUUUUGAGUCUUUUGUGUCCUUUUUCAAGGAUAUGGAUAGCAUUAAAGUCUCCCGUAGAAGUAUAUACAGAU